AAAUAAUAAAAUAAAAUAAAAUCUUCUCGUUUUCCCGGUAUUAUAAUUUUCUCUGAGAAAACGCAGGAAAAUAUCAUUGAUGGCCUGAACCCUCAUUGAUUGUGUGGCGUUUGCGUAGAGUGUUGAACUGGGUUUGCUUAAAUGGGCAAUGUAACGUCGAAUGUUGCUGCGAAAUUCGCGUUUUUUCCACCAGACCCACCAACGUACGAUGUGAUCAGAGAGGAAGAUGGGAGGCUGGUGUUCUCCGGGCUCACCGCAGACAAGAACGUGGAUGUUCAUUUGCUUGAUACCAAGGGUGGAAGCAAGAUUGUAGCCACCUUCUGGAGACACCCUUUUGCCAGAUUCACGAUUUUGUACUCCCAUGGCAACGCUGCUGACCUGGGUCAGAUGCAGGAGCUAUUCAUUGAGCUCAGAGCUCACCUCCGUGUCAACAUCAUGAGCUAUGAUUAUUCUGGAUAUGGGGCUUCCACUGGUAAGCCAUCUGAGUUCAACACAUACUAUGACAUAGAAGCUGUAUACAAUUGUUUGAAGAGAGAAUAUGGACUUAAGCAAGAGGAUGUGAUUUUGUAUGGCCAAUCUGUUGGAAGUGGACCCACAUUACACUUGGCUUCUCGGUCACCAAAGUUGAGAGGUGUUGUUCUUCAUAGUGCCAUCCUUUCAGGCAUACGAGUCUUGUAUCCUGUAAAGAUGACAUUUUGGUUUGAUAUUUUCAAAAAUAUAGACAAAAUACGGCAAGUCAACUGCCCAGUUCUUGUAAUACAUGGAACAAAUGAUGACAUUGUUGAUUGGUCCCAUGGGAAGCGCUUGUGGGAACUUGCCAAGGAAAAAUAUGACCCAUUGUGGGUCAAGGGUGGGGGCCAUUGCAACCUUGAAACUUAUCCCGAGUACAUUAAACACUUGCGCAAGUUCAUAAAUGCAAUGGAGAAACACACUGUCACAAAACCUCCCAAAAGUCUUCCUCAUGCUCCAAGUAUAACAGAAGGCAAACACAACAAGUGCUUGAGAUUUGGAAAAAGAUAACUAAUUCUUUGUCAUCAUUUGAAAGGUAGUGAAUGGAAACAGCUAGUUUCUUUGCAAGGCACAUCUCUGGGGAAAGUAAUGCUUGCUUGCUCAGUACCCUGUGUUUGGUAGUGAAAGCUUAUUUGGGCUCAUAUGUUUCUGAAGAUUGUGAACUGAUAGGAAUCACAUAUAGUCUGUUUGAUCCGGAUCCUGUUCAAGUAACCAUUUUUGAGGUAGGGGACUCCAGUAGCUAUCUUUACCAUUCAUAUGGCACAGUGUUCAUUUAUCAGAAAAAUCCUUGACCAUAUAUGCCUCUUGAUCUGGAUCUGGAUUUCAUGUAUAAUUAACAAAGUUUUAUGUAAAGACAUCCUUUGAGGGGAAAAAAAAACACAUAUAUCGGUUUACUUUGUUCAUUUGUUCUUGUCUUAAUCAAUUGUUUUUCUUCGGUUUGCUUCUCCAUGUGAUGUUUUGGUGCAGUAACUGUAAUGAUUCUCCUUCAUGCUUGUCUGGGUUUUGCAGUAUGUUUCACUUUUCUCAUUGUAUAUAUAUGAUGGAGGAAUAAAUUGGACAUUUAUUA